GAGGAGUCUCCAGCCUUGUCCUCCAAAGAUCUUCUGGCCGGACCAGCCUUGUGAGUUUCUUCUACCCACCAAAGCUCAACAGCUAUCAAAAUAUCAACCAUGAGGAUCCUAUUCUUCUUCUUUGCUAUUGCUGUCCUCCUCUUCCAGGUUUCCCCAGGUUAUGCUCAGCCUCCUGCGGAUCUUGCCUCUACCAUGGCCUGCAGGGCUAAAAAUGGUUUCUGCCAGGUGUCAGCAUGUCCUCCAACUUUCGAAGUAUCGGGAAGCUGCCAUGGAGGAAUGAAUUGCUGUACAAAAAUUGCUUCCUGAGAAGAGCUUCAUGCCCUGAUUGCUCCACUCACAUCAACAUGACUCCUCUUCCAGAAGCAAAUCCACAACACUCCCUUGUUGUUCACCACUGAAAGGAAGUUUCCUAUGAAUGCAUCACCAGUGAACCCAGAAUCUGUGGCUUGAUUGCAAAUCCUUCCUCUCCCAGCAGUUCUCCGCUUUCCUGUCUGUGUUUUGUUAACAGACACAGAAGCCAAGCUGAGAUCUUGCAUGCCUCCCACUUCCUAUCUCACAUGGGUGUUUCUAAUAUUAAAUAGGUCAUUUUCAUGCACACUUCCUUGAAAUACAUCAUAAGGGGUCAGGAUUGUUGUUACUUUAUUCUUCAGAUUAAUAAAAAGAAAAAUGUAUAAAUA